UGUUCAACGGCAUUCCUGAACAGUCCCGUCUUUCACCAGCAAGGUUCGGUCUACACAGGCUGGGAUUUCAGGACAACCGAGCUCGAGAUUUCUAUCUACCGUUAUCACAAUACUCAUCAGUGGCUUAAACCGCUAGUCGGCGCUGCAGGACCGUCAUGUGCUGCAUUCGUCUCCGCGCCAGCUGCUGUGGCUGCUGCAGUCUUCGUACAGGAUCAAUAGUUAUCGGGGUCCUACAUUUGGUUCUCUCACUUGUAGCUGGUGGUGACUAUGUCUACCGUUGGAUUCAGGCCAUGGGAAAUGGUGUCACUUCCUCUGAAGAGGUGAUCAUCGGCGUGGCUGUGUUCGGUGUGUCCGUGCUGGCCGCAGUCCUGCUCAUUAUUGGUGCAGCCCACAACAAUUCGACCCUAUGUCUGAUUUGGGUGGUCUGGGCGGGCCUCCAUCUGGCCCUUGUGAUCGCUUUGGCGAUCUACGCAGGAGUGGUGACGUUUGUCCUGGCUGUAACACCAGAGGACACGACUGGAUUUAUGGGACUCGUACAGAUACUGACCAUAUCCCUUCUGGUUGUCGCCGUUCUCAUCAUUGCUGUCUUGUCGUACGGCAUCGUGGUUGUGUGCUCCCACUACCGAGAUCUGAAGGAGUCGCCAGAAGUGCGAUCAACUCCAUACGAGAUGCAGUUUGUGUGA